AGGGUCAUUUUGAAAGUGAUAGUAAAAAUCUAACAAUAUAAAAGCUUUGCAGCAGUAGCUUUCUGUUUCAGUAAAGGAGCUGAAGCUAAAGGAAUCAACCUCCUGAACCUCCAGGAAACAUCAGACUAUCUUCAGGCCUUGAAAAUAAAAACAGACUUUGCUCUUGAAAUGGGUGCAGCAGAUGGAAAAAAGUGGAUAAUGCUUGUAGCUGGUUCAAACACAUGGGACAAUUAUUGGGACCAGGCCAAUGUGUGUCACGCCUAUCAGAUAGUUCAUCAGAAUGGGAUUCCUGAUGAUCAGAUUGUGGUGAUGAUGUAUGAUGACAUUGCUCAUAAUAGGAAUAACCCUUGUCCUGGCAACAUCAUCAAUAAACCAAACGGACCGAAUGUGUAUCCAGGGGUUCCAAAAGAUUACACUGGAGAGGACGUAACACCUGAAAACUUCCUGGCUGCACUCAAAGGAGACAGAUGUGCUGUGAAAAAGAGAAAUCCAAAAGUCAUUACAAGUGAAGGAAAUGACACAAUAUUCAUCUAUCUGACAGCUCAUGGACAAUCAGGAAAAUUGGCCUUUCCUAACAGUUUUCUUUAUGCCCAUGAUCUCAUUAAAACAAUCAAGGAAAUGGCAAGAGAUAACAAGUUCUCAAAGAUGGUGAUAUACAUGGAGUCCUGUCAUUCCGGAUCAAUGUUCACCACACUUCCCGACAACAUUCGUGUAUAUGCUGUGACUUCAACAAAAGCAGAAGAAACAGGUUAUUCCUGUUAUAAAGACGCUGCGAGGAAGAUUUUUCUUUCUGAUGAAUUCUCAGCUGUUUGGAUGCACUACACUGAAAUGAAUGACCUUGAUAUGAAGACAUUCCAGGAUCAGUUUAGUGAUCUUCAGAAAAAGAUAAAAUCAUCUUGUGUCUGCCGUUUUGGGGACAUGAAAGUGGGUGAUUGUCCGAUCAGUGUGUUUGUGAAUAACACUCCUCAAAGAGCAAAGACAAGAGCUAAGAGUAAUUGUAAGAUUCAAUAAGAUCCUGUGUCCCAUAUGUCUCUUACAUAGUCUUUCUGUUCUCUAUUGUAUUUGGAAAACAGCCAAUGAUGUAAUGACAGAUCACGAGACUGUCUGUUUCCUUAUAAGGAUGUCUUGUGCCUUUUUUAUCUUUCUGCUGACAGCCCAGUAUUUCACUUCUCAUAAUGUACUAAUAAAUACCAACUACCUUUCCUCAAUAAAUCAGCCUUGAAUGAAAUGCACUACUGCUGUGUGUGUCAUUCUUGGUUCCAGGGACCUGUAUCUUGUGCUGUGUGGCUCAACUCAGAUCGAAUCUCAAAUUUCGGAAAUCAAAGAAUACUUUUUAUUCUAACAAUCUCUAAACAUGAAGUGUCAAAAUCUUGAAACACCGAAUUAAAACAGAAACUGAUGAAGACAAAAGACUAGAUCUGAUCAGAAAACAUGAAGCUCUUCAUCUAUGUAAUACAGUACUUCAUAUAUGUAACCAGUUUAUCAAACAGCGUUUUACCAG